UUCAUCGUUGUGAUCUUGGCCGCCGGGAUGGUGGCCUUCAUUGGAGCAGUUAUCUGUAUCAUCGCCGCCGUGCACACCGGAUCGUCUAAGGUUGUACCACACCAGCAGCCGUCGGCGGACAACCAGUCGCUGUAUGCGCAAUCCGUCGCUCAGACCACGGCGUCGCGGGGCUCCGUGGCUCGGGCCGGACCUCUGGUCGGAGCUCUCCAUGGUUCUGAAACCCCACAGUCGGAGACGCCGACGUUCAAGGCGGGACUCGGGGUCACGGGACUCACCGGACACGACCCGAGGGUCAGUCGACUCAUCUGCACGCCGAUCCCCGCGGGAGAGUGCGACCCGAGAAACUUUAAUCAACAAGCGGCGGACGAGCCGUUGUCGCUGUCUGCGACCGCGGAGGGGAACCUCCGAACUGCCGCCGAAGAGCUACGGCAGACCGUCCAGCAGCAGGAAGACCAGAUCAUCACCGAUCAACGGACUAUAAGGGAGCUAUCGGGUAAACUGACGGAUUGUGAGAGGGAGCAAGGCGGCCGCAUCAUUUCGGAGAGGCGCGGGAGUGUGGCGGGGAUGCUGGGGGCCAAAGGUGGUGCCACUGCCGCGGCCGUUGGGGAGAAGGGGCAACAUGACCGGAUCAUGGUGCGGGACAGCCCGGCUUCUGCCCCCGACAGUGUCCACCUGCUCACCGUCCGGGCUGUGGACGAACUGGAGCAGGCAAUCACUCAGCUCAAAGAUCGCAUAGAGAAGCUAGAGUCAGACAUCGGCCCAUUCCCCCAAAACCAAACAACGGACACCAACAGCUCCAGGGCAACGGUCGUGGACGACAGCCCAGGGACCCUCUCCGUAACUGGGCAUGGAGGAGCCGACGGUGUGGGUGGUGGAGGACGCAGGGCUGUGGAGGACCUGGAGGGUCAGCUGGAGAGGAAGGUGGAGCUACUGGAGAAAGAGAGGAAAGCCCUGAGGAUGGAGACAGAGAAGCACCGCCAUGACAUUGACCAGGGCCUCCAUCAGCUCCACCUCCGCUUGGCAGGCCUGGAGCACGGCUCCUCCUCGUCACCUCCGUCCUUCCCAGAGGGCUUCCGGGUAUCGUUCCCAUCCCGGACCAACUACAUGUAUGCCCGGGUAAGGGCCAGCCUGCCCCAGCUGAGGGCCAUCACCGCCUGCAUGUGGCUGCGCUCCACGGAGGAGAGGGGGCCCGCGGGCACCCCGCUGUCCUACGCUGUCCCAGGGCAGCCCAACGAGCUGGUGCUCCUACAGGGUCCCCGCUCGGCCCUCGAGCUGCUCAUCAACGACAAGGUGGCCCAGCUGCCGUUGAACCUUACCCGAGGCAGCUGGCAGCACAUGUGUGUGAGCUGGAGCCAGAAGGGCGGAGCUUGGCAGGCCUACCAGGGAGGGAGGCUGAAGGGGGAGGGGCACGGCCUGGCCCCUGGACAUCACCUCCGGGCCGGGGGGCAGCUGGUCCUGGGGCAGGAGCAGGACUCGCUGGGCGGGGGUUUUGACUCAACCCAGGCGCUGGUGGGGGAGCUGGCCCAGGUGGGCCUUUGGGACCGUGUGCUUACCCCUGUCCAGGUGGCGGGUCUGGCCCGCUGUGGGCGUGUGGCGCAGGGCAGCCUGACCAGCUGGACGGAGAGGGAGGUGGAGGUCCAUGGAGGAGCCACCAAACACCCCGGGGAGCCCUGCAGUAAACAUAGCCGGAGCUCCCAGUGAGCGGCCGGAGGGGGAAGACCAGAACCAUGUGUAGGGGAAAGGUGUUGCCACGUGUUUCAUUAGCCCCCCGCCCCCCCUCCCAGUGUGAGAAGAGAAAAAGUCCCACCUCCCAGUGUGUUAUUGAAAGACAAACUUAACAAAAUAAUUUCAUCUCGAGCCAUAGAUGGAAGAAUGGUUAAAAAUAAUUACUGGCUCGUCUGAUCCCUGCUUGGGUCUUGUAGUGUAACAGUUACAGGAAUUAUUAUGAUUAGGGCAUCCUCGUACUGUGAACCUAUUGGACAAAGGGUUUGUCUGUUCAAUUCUGCCUUUGGAUAGAAAGUUUGUAAUUCAAAUCACACUGGGAGCCUACUGGACACAGAUCUUGUCUAUCAAAUCAUGCUGUGAGUUUAUUCGACACAAGAAAGGCCAUUUAAGUAUGGCUGAGCUAGCUUAAAAAAACAAGGGCUAAAGCACAGUGUCAGUGUUAGCCAUUUAACAAAUCACCCACAUGUACACACUACACACAAACACACACAAAGAAUUAGCAUUGUGCUAGUUCCCAGGCUGGACUUCACUUCACCUUCCCAUGUCGGAGGCGCAGCAGAGAUGAAGGGGUUUCGUGAAGGAGG